AUCUCGAUCCAGUCGAAGAAAACACCAGGAAUCCGAGGGUUACGCGACUUUUCGACCAGUUGGGAAUCGGCGAGCGAACCGUGCACAACCGAGGCAAAACAGAUCUCGUCGGUCCGGAGUCUGUGAUGGGACAUCAGAGUCUGAGACAAGUUUCGUACGUGUCCCUUCUCAUUUUAUCGCUCGUCGUUCGAACCUGAGACAGAGAGUAGUCGACAAGUUUUGAGAAAAGGCAGUUCGGAGGCUGAGUAUCUGUUCGAGGCGUUGCAAAGUUGUCGGGGACUCAAGAACCAGGAUGAAGGCUAUUUGUAGCUUCUUUGUCAUUCUUUUGCUCCAGGAGGCCAUCGGCGGGGUGGUUAAGAAUCCGCCAGCCUUUUCGAAGCCCGUCUACACGGACUCGUAUCUUCCCGCAGCCAUGCAGGUAAUAUUCCACGCGGUGGAACAACUGAAGCUCCUCCAAUCGGAGGAAAAAUUGGAAGGCUCUAGCAGCACCGUCCCCCCAAAGCACGAGUGUCAGACAGCGUACGAUCAAACGGACGACCAGGAAGCAUCCACUGUCGUCACGGACACGACGACCAAUCCGAGCACGCGGGAAAAAAACACCGAAUGCGGAUCGAGAGCGGAAGAGGUACCGAAGGGGGUGGAAAUUUCAACGAAGUCGAGCGAAAUUAGUAAUGAAUCGACGGACGCAACGAGCCAGGCAAUCGAGGACAGCUCGGUCCAUCAGGAGGCACCGGAGGUGAACGAGGAGACGCCUGAAUUGAACUACGCGACACCGGAGGCGAAUUACGAAGCACCAGAAGACGUGCACGGCGUCCAAGAAGCGAAUCAAGAAAUCCCCGAGGAGAAUCAAGGGUCGAGCUCUAUGUCUAUAGACGCGAGAACCCCGACCAUAACGGAAACAAACGCGACGACUGUGUCGGGCCCGACUAAUGCCACCUUGGAUCAGCAAGGAUCGAUCGACGAGGCUAAACAGAAGAAAAAAGAGCCCACCGUCGAUACUGUUAUACAGGAGGUUUACGAGAUCGUGAAAUCCACGCCGUCCGUGUUUCUGGACGAGGACGCUGUGUACCUUGGAGAAUCUAAAAGCGCCACCACGCCGGUCUCCGUGGAGAAGACGGAGAUCAUGGAGGACGAGGACGACGAGAACAGGUUCACGCGUCUUGGCGAGAAGGUGACGCAAGUGCCCAGACCAAGCCUAACCAGCUACUUGAGGCGCUCGAACGUGUCGCCGAGUGCCACGCUUCAACAACUAGCCAGCCUCUACGACUCCCUGAGCAAAGACGCGAGGAAGCAAGGUUAUGGCAAAUACACGGGCUACUCCGACGAGGUUCUGAACACCCUGAUGACCUCGGUCGAAGGUGGGAUCGCGCCGCAGCUGAAGAAUAUCUUGAACAAGGUCCUCGAGCGAAACGAACUAACCAGAGACGACGCUAAGAUCAAGACCAACCAGACGAUUCGGGAUCUCGAUAACCCUUCGAGCACCCUCAGCAAGGAAAUGAGGCCCUUAUUGCCCUUGCGCUAUUCACCCUAACCUACAACGUUCCCCAACUAGAGAAUAGUGUCUCGAAUUUAUAAUUAAUCGACAGUUUAUGGUAUUCAGAAUUCUGUAAGAGACGUUGACGUAGCUACUCCGAGUGGAAGUCUUCUACUGUAGCUUAAGCGUUCGAUAAUGUACUACAGAGAUACGUGUGUAGAGAUUCGUGCAAUUAUCGAGGUAAUAAGAAAGCACACUGCACCCGUUGCUGAUGAUCAUUGCAUAUGACAGCACGUCUAUUUUAUCUUUCGUAUUGAUUUUGUAAGUUAUAGAUAGAUGAAUUACGCUUUGUUCUACAAGCUAUUAUGUAACAAGUGUUCCAUUUCGGAAAUGGGGGCUUGAAAGUCUCGAACUAUUGUAACCUCUUGAAUUCUAUAUUAGAAGAUUGCCAAAUAUA